AUGUUUCAGGAUGGCACUGAUAAACCGGAGGUGGUCGAUAAUUCGGCGUAUGAAGAACCGAAACAAGACGAAGGGCGCGUGGUGCUUGAAAAACGCACUGAUCAAGCAUAUCAUCUGAAAGGAUCGGGAGCUGUGCCCGUUGUAGAUCCUUCUGAUCCGUCAUUAGCGAGCACCGUAAAGCAGUAUCAAAUGCGUCAUUCGCGUACCCCACACGUAGAGACCGCUGAAACGACAAUUACUAUAAAGGGUCGCGACGAUUUACCGCAUAUGGUUGUGACGGAUUCUUCGCCCCGCAAAACGGUCGAAGCGUGGCAUGAGACAACAACAAGUCCUGAAACGGUUGUCACGGAUGUUGAUCAUCAGGGCAAUGUGAUCAAGAGAACCAUCAAGACUCAGCAAGUCAAGCAUACCGUGCAGAGGCAGACAUAUCAGACUUUUGGAGUUCUCGGCCAAAAUGGAGAGCAACAGGGCGUACAUGUGGUUGAGACAACACAGAAGUCGAUCACACCAGUGGGCGAUAAUGCAGUGACAAGCACGCAGGCUCCGAUUGUGGAGACGCGAAGUCAUGCGUUAGCAUACGAGUCGUUGAGGGGAGGCAGCAGUGCUGUGACAAAUGGCAGCGAUUAUUCCGAUAUCCCUGGAGAACUAGUCUCAAGCCGCACAAUCACACAGGGUAAUCGAACCAUCGAAACAAUCACUUACAAAACAGAGAAAAAUGGUGUUGUUGAGACUCAUGUUGAGCAUCGUGUUACCAUACAGUCUGGCGAUAACAUCGACCAUGAUGCGGAAUUGAGCCAGGCAAUUCUGGAAGCAACCAAUAUGAAUCCAGAUAUGACAGUUGAAAAAAUAGAGGUGAAGCAGGAAUCACAAUGUUAG